AUGGUUCAAAUCUUCGCACCAACUUUUCUGUUUCUAAUUCACCUCUACUUCCGUUUUCAGGGUGCUAGUUCGCCAGAUAUCACCACAGUUUACGUGGAUCGAGUUAGUCUUCGAAAUGAUCGCGUUAAUCUCCUUGAACGAGGAUCUCCAAAUAGUCUCUGUCUUAUGGAAUCUGGCAAGGCCCACUUGCGCACAUUCAUAUCCUCUGUUUCACCUUGUAUGUUGCCAAUGAAUUCUGCUAUUGCUGCUGCUGCGGCUGCUGCUGUUGUACACUGUGGCUGA